AUUUCAAGGUCUACCCAGCAGGAGGGGUCAGCCUUAUAAAAAGAGGGAGACUUGAUGAAGCAGUAGUUCUCACUGCUUCAUAAAGUGUCCGUCAUAUGAGAGGACAUACACUUUUAAUUUCAGACAGUCGUAUUGGGAAAAAAAUAUGGAAAACAGAUGUCAUUGUUCAUCCAACAGCGAUAGGCUUUUAAAUCCUAUCCUCUACAACAUCCUGAGCCAAAUGGAUAGCAGCCCGCCAAACCAGGACAACUUCAACUACAGUUUGGUUCCUCAUAGAUGUAACUGUGAGGUGCGACGGAUAGUGUGCUUGAAAAGGCCAUCUGAGAUCUGCAAAGAAGCUUCAACAGUUUUGGUUAAAACCAUCCACUUCAUGAAGAACUUACCAGCUUUUAACCAGCUGCCACCAAGUGACCAGUUUGCACUUCUGAAAAGCUGCUGGGCUCCACUCUUUAUUUUGGGUCUGGCCCAGGAGCAUGUGGAUUUUGAGGUGAUGGAUGUCCCAGCUGACAGCAUGUUGAAAAAGAUCCUCCUGAACCGCCAGGAGAGCCCUGAGAUGGACAGGGAACAGUCCACCAUGCCAGGUGUCAGUAAACUCAAAUCUUGCCUCAAAAAGUUUUGGAGUUUGGAUUUGAGCCCAAAGGAGUAUGCUUACCUGAAAGGGACCACAAUAUUUAAUCCAGAUGUACCAGAUUUAAAGGCAGGCGUGUUUGUUGAGGGUUUGCAACAGGAGGCUCAGCAUGCCCUGAGCGAGGUAGUCCAGCUACUUCACCUGGGACACAAGGAGCGCUUUGCUCAAAUUCUCCUCACAGCCUCCAUGCUGCAGGGCAUCACACCCAGCCUCAUCACUGAACUGUUCUUCCGGCCUGUGAUAGGCCAGGCGAACCUGCUGGAGCUGCUGGUUGACAUGCUCUUCUGUCGAUAGGAGAAGAGGAUAAAGUGUGUCAAACUGUCAUUGAGAAAGUUGAAUUCUUUGAGUUGCAAUGCCUUUCAUGAUACCCGUGAAGUAUCCUCUGAUGAAAAUGAAGGAAUGCCUGACAGUAGAUUUCUAUAUAACUGACAAUAGCUGUGAUUUGCCUACAUUUAUACUGAAGCUGAGGUCACUUUAGCAGAUUUCCUCCACUGAAAUGGAAAGAUUGGAUUUUCCACAUUUGACUGUGCUUUACUGUCAGUAUGCUUGAUCUGUUGUUGAGAAACUUGUUUGUCAUUCUUUUUUCUUUUUUUUGUGCAUAAAUACAUGUUGACUACAUUUACAGAAAAUAUCAAAUAAAUAUAUUUUUUUA